UAGUAGAUGGCAUUGAAUUGUUAUGUCGACUCGAAAAUGGCUAAAAUGGCGGCUAAAGUUUGUUAAUCCGAGAGACAGAUUUGCAAAAACGAUGGAUUUUCGCGGUUUCCCGUUCGAAAUACACGCGAAAUAAGAAUUGAAUCGAUACUUGACGAGAAAUAUACUUUUACUGUGUCGUUAAAACUUAAAACCUCACAUUACUCAAACAGUUGCCAUUGAUAGGUUUUUUGUUCAAAGUUAUUGUGUUAUGAAGACAUAUUUGGCAAAUUUCAAUUGGAAAUGGACAAAAUUUUCAUGUUACCAUCCUAGAAGAUAAGGUGGACCGAAAACAACACUUAAAAUAAACUGAAAAGUGAUCAAAAAAUGUACUUUUUACUCAAUGUGUUUGUUACUGGAGCUUUGUAUUGAAACCAAGUUUUUAAGGAUUUUUGGUAAAAAUUUUUUUAGAUAUGAGUGAUGAAAAUAUUUGUGAGGUUUAAUACAAAAUCAAGCAAAAAUUCAGGGAUGUAAAACUUAAAGCUUAAAAAGUUUAAAAAUUGUAUAAUAAGAUGUCAAAGCUGCAUGGCGUCUUGGUUGAUGUUCCAUAACACUAUACCAUAGAUAUGGAUCCAGUGGGACCAUGGUCUACAUACCCAUACAACCGGUUGGCGGCGGUUCAAGCCCCGACCACAACUGGUGAUCUUCACCAUUUACCAGCGGGUUCAACCGCACCUACCUCUACAACAUCAGCAACUCAAAUACUUCCCGCGGGUUUUCUUUCGCCUCCUCCGGUUGGCUACGAAGUCUUCAGCCCACUCUUUCACCCUGGUGGAGCUGCAAAACCUCCCUCACACUACGUUAAUCAACAUCGACAAGCGUUAGCUCAAUCGCAAUCGACAGCUAACGUUGCGAAUCCCAAGCAAAAUUCUGAUGGGGAGUAUCAUCAAGGAUUUUUUGAUCAAAAUGCUGCAGCUUGGCAACAAAGCGGACCGUUUGGGAUAUUACCGCAUGAAACGGGUGGUGCAAAAACGGGCGGAGGUUAUGAGAAUUUUAACGCGCAUUUUGUUCCGCAACAUGUGAAUAAGUGCGGACCGCGUCCGAGAAGCCCCAGUGCUGUGAAUCUACCACAAACUUGUAUUGUUACAUCACCAUCGGUAAGAAAUACUACGGUAAAUCGUGUAACCGUUGAGAAAAGUUCAGUCCAAUCUCAAAUUCAAACGAAAGCCCAAACGAAGAUUUAUCCCGAAUUGGGAUCGGGCGAUCGUAGUCGCAAUGAGCCUCAAGAACAGAAUCAAUCUUCUCCUAAUAAUUGGGCUGGCAAUAAAAGAAAUUUUGGUACUUAUCGCCAUUAUGGAAAUGAAAAUGGUGCGGAUACGAAUCGAAAACCGAGUCCGUUACAUUCUCAACCAUCUCCAAUGAGUCAUUCUCAUUCACCUAGCUCUGGAUAUCCACUUUACAACAGUCCAUUAAGUAGUAUUUCAUCACCUCAACAGUCAAAUCAAGUUACACCACCUUUGGAUGCUUCCGUUUCAAGAACUAAUCAUCAACAAACUGGUCCGUCUAGCUCACAAAGUGGAAAUAUUGUUUAUUCUUCGGUUAUUACGAAAAACAACGAACGAUUUCAAGGGAACAAUCAAAACUGUUGGGACGAAAGAAGAAAAUUUCCGCCUCAAGCGAAUUACGCAAAUAUGGAAAUACCUAAUUUGCAAAAUAGAAAUCUUUUGAAUAUGGAUAGGCAACAAUAUUAUGAUUCAUCGAGUAAUAAUCAAGUUACGAUGACUGAUUUAUCGAGUUGUCGAGGUGAUCCAAUGAGUAUUGUUAAAAAUCUUCAACAAAAUUGUAUCGCAUCAUCUGAUAUCAAACAAGAAGAUAAACAUCACAACAAUCGUAGAAGAAAAAGCGGCGAUAAUAAACCGGAAUCAAGUUCAUCGUCAAUGGAAAAUUAUUAUCCUAACCCAAUUCCACCUCCAGCUCACACGUCAGGGAGUAAUCAACAACAAAACGGGACUUACUUCGAAUUCGAACGAUGGAACCAACCAAAAUUAUUUGCUUCUCAACCGAUUCAUCAACACCAACAUCAAGGAAUAAUGGUUCAUGGACCACCUCCUCCUAUUCCUUAUUUUCCCACUUUUCAUUUACCACAUCAUCAUACAAAUGAAUAUCCAUCUUCCGUAGAUUCUAUAACAAACUAUGGUGAACAAUCUCAUCUGAAUACUAAUUCUAAUAAUAAUGGAAAUGGUUCGUUUACACAGCAACAGCAACAACAGCAAGAGGAUCAAUCGAAGGUUAUUGUUCCUAAUAUCGAGGAAGAAUUAAAUUUUUUAUCUGAAGUCGAACUGACUUCAGAUAGAAAUAACUACGGAAUGAAAGCUUCAGAACCAAAAUCACAUACUGCUGGUUUUAUGAAUAGUUAUUUAAAAUUUUUGCAAGGUGAAAAAGAAAGUUCACCUCCUCCAACAUCAAGAAAUAAUCGAAAACAAUCAUCAUGGCGAAAAUUAACGAAUAUUAACGAACUCCCAAAAGAUACUAACGGAAUAAUUACACCUAUUCAAAGUAACCAUAAUAUACAAAACAUUCAAAAUAUACAUUUAUCUCAACAUCAACAAAUGCCCAACCAAUAUUAUCCAAGACCAAUAUCCCAAGGUGAUCCACAAGAUGAUCCUCGUUAUUUUCCAUUACCAAAAGAAAGAAAUAAAAAUACUUUUGACAGUUCUGAUGAUGGUUUUAGUUCUGAAGAUGAUUACUUUAAUCGGAAAUUAGCAACUUCAUUCAAACAAGAACCGAUUAAAGAUCGACCGAGAAAAGGAAGACCGCCGAAAGUUGGUGGUCCGGCUGAUAAAAAGAAAAAUAAAGAGUAUAAAGAUAGAACGAAAAUUAAAGAGAAUAGAGAGUUGAAAAUAAAACCUACAGUGACUCCGCGAAGAGAAACGUGUAAACGAGCUGCUAAAGAUAAGUGUACAAUUAAACAAUUAAUAGCGAGAGAUGAUGAGUUUGAUGAGCCUGGAGACUUUGCCGAUUCUGAUUCUGAUCCAGCUUGGACGCCGAUGGCUAAAGAAGAUGUUGACGAUGAUGUACCCGUUAAAAAGAAACGAGGUCGUAAAAAAGGUUUCAAAUUAGUUGUUCCACAAGCUCAAAGUACGGAAGAUGACUUGAACGCGCGGCGGAAACGGAAAGAACAAAGAUCAGAUCACAUCCUAUCAGGAACGAAAUCGCCGAGCGAAGAAGAUGGAUUUUUUAAGUUUAACAAGUUGAAGGAAAAAUGUCAGAUUGGUGAAUUUGUGGUUAUUCAAAAUGAAUUGAUUCAAGAGUGGCCAGCUAUUUGGAGAGUUGAUGGAAAAACUUUGUUGCAAAAAUAUGAACCUUUUGAACAGAAUGGAUAUACAUUAUAUAGAAAUAUUUCAACUUAUACCUCUUGGACUCCGGAAAGUAAAAAACAAUACAUAACAGUACCAGUUCGUUAUAAAUCUCAAGGACAAAUGGAAACAAUUGUAGAAUUUCUUCGAAGGGAAAUGACCUUUGUUGACGAAAACUUUGUUUCGACGGUUCUGAAGGAAAAUGAAGUUUAUCAAGAUAAUUUUGAGGUUUACAUCCAAACUUUAAUUUCUCAGGCACUGGAUAGUAACUUUUUGACAGAAAUUUUCCAAGAAAAAGACGAUUACUUUUUAUCAAAUGUGCAAACAAUCGAUGAUAUAACCAAUAAAAAAACCGAAAAGUUAACUUCUCUACUAAAUUGGUCCAAGCCAACAGAAGUUUCAGUUUGCACGUGGCCAUGUUAUAAUGUGAUAAAAGAGUUGGGAGUAGCGGAUUCUCAAUCGAAAAAUUGCGCAGGAUGUGGUUUUUUGGGGGUUUCUGUGAGGGUUUUGUUGUAUGGACAACCAUACAACUCAACCACACUUGAAGGAUGCCAACCAAAUCCACAAGCUGUAAAUGAAAAGGAUUUUUUAAUGUGUAGAAUAUGCGCAAACAGGGUUCAACUUUUAAAUAAGAUAACUCAUCAAAAGUAUCUUAUGUAUAUAGAAUGUGCUAAAAGAGUUGCUGAUAAACGUAUUUCUGAUCCACAAAAAGAUACUACUUGUAUACUUAAUGAAUUGUUGGCUGAUGAAGCAUGGUUAAACCAAUUGUUUUUUGAAGUUAGAACUGCUUGGUGUGAAGUUGAAAGUUUGGAGCACAAUCAUCGAACGCGCAUAAGUCCUAGAAUCACAGAAUGAUGGUUGCCAUUUGAAUAAAGAAAAAUUUAUUUAUAAAAAAAAAAUAAUAAGAAUCAAAAAUGACGCGUUUGAUUUACGAUUAAAAUAACAAAGCUAAAAAAAUAUUUGUUGAAAAUUGUAUAGAACUUUGAAAUGUAAAAGAAAAAAAGAUUGAAAGAAUUUAUACGGAUGAAGAAGAUGAUUUUUGUGUUUUAAGAUCGAUUUUAUUGUAUUGUUUUAUUUUUAUUAUUAUCUUCAUCAAAAGCUAAUAACAGAGUUGAUGAUGCUGUUGUACAUAAUGUAUUUCUAAAAAUUCGAGGCCAUUUCGUACGCCACACAAAACCGCGUUUGUAAAACGAGCACGGGAGAAAUUAAUCCUCAGAGGUGACACAAUAAAUGUCAUUCCAAAUCGAA